AUGCAACAACCCGAGCCUAUAAUGAACAAUGUCUUCCUAGUGGAUAUCUGCAUUGACAAAAUAUAUGCAAACGAUUCUUCUCCAUUGGAUAUUGCAAAAUUAGGAAUAAAAUAUUUCAUACAGCAAUAUGCAAAUUGUGGUAAAAAUAUUGGCUUUAAAUGUAUCUUGGCUACUUCAAAUAAAAGACAGUGUUGUUUAAAGACUGAAUUUCAUGACUCAAUACACACAUUCUUAGAACAACUUGAAUUAUUGGGUCCUACAGAUCCUGCUUAUUAUGGUUCAGGUCUUAACAUUGUUUUUGAACUACUUAGCCUGCGUAGAAUUGUUCGUAAUAUGGAUUCACCCUAUAGGGGUAACUAUGUUGAACAUAAUGAAACAACAAAUAUAUUUUGGUUUACUGAUGGUAAAAAUAUGAGUUGGUUAAAUAAAGAUCUUACAUAUCAGGGUUCCGAAUCUCAAUCACCUAGUGCAACAAUUUACAAAACAAAAUUUCGUUGGGAUCAAAAACUUUAUAUAUUCUUAAUUACACAAUUUCAAAAUCCACAAAAUCCAAUUACAGAAAUACCACCACCAAGUUUGGAUUGGAUUAAUAUGGUUAUGCGACAAAUGUUACACGCUAUAAGAAGUAUACUAGGUAUCGAAAAAGAGCCAUAUAAACUUUCAAAAAAUCCAUGUCAAUAUUCAAUAUUUCAAACAUGCGGAGUACAUUUAAUUUUUUCAGAAGCUCAAAUAGGAAAUAGUUCAUCUCAACGUAUGAAUCAUUUUGUGCAGUUAUAUGUUGACCCUGCAAGACAAUCAGGAUUUUAUCCAAUACCUGAAAAUUUUUGGUUCGAUUCUGAAGUAUUAAAAACACACCCCAUCAACAAUAAUUUGGUUAAAAGAUCUUCAAUACCAACAUUAACAUUUAUUAGAGAUAAUCAAUUUGCCUCAAAGUUAAACGAAUUACCAUCAUUCAUACCACGUGACAUAUAUGUUGUGUCUGAUUGCCAAAUAACAAGAGAUUUAAAAGUUCAACCACAAGGAAUCAAGUGGCCUGUAUAUGUUGAAAAUAGCAGUAAAUAUGAACGCCUUGGUUAUCCAUUUGGUUAUCUUAUUGCCACACAAAAGGAUGAAUCUAGUUUGGAUGGGUUGAGACAAAUUUUUCAAAACUGUAAAUUGGAUAUUACAGCGUUUUCUUAUAGACGUCCAUUCACUGAUGGGCUUGACAUAUAUCUUAGACAAAUCACACAAACUGCUGUUGUUAAAUUUGACCAGAUAAAAGAAGAAGUAUCAGCAAAUCGUUUGAAUAUAUUUAAACCAAUACCAAUGGUUGAAAAAAAAGUUGGUCAUUCUUCUCUUGCAAAAUUGACUACAAUUGCUAGAGCAGAAUUUUUGAAUCUUUUGGAAACACAAUCUGAAGCUGAUCCUGUUCACACAUUAGGUACUGGUGAUAUGGGAAAUUACAGGGAUGUUAUUGUUAAAAGGAAACAAUCUCUAUUAAGAGAUUUAUAUUAUGACUUUGAUCCAAAUGAUAAAAAAAAGAAAGAUAAACGUGCAUUUGGUAGUCCGUUUAAAAAUCCUGACCAG